AUGAGGUUUACUCCUCAACAUAACCAAUACUUGGAAACGAUGUAUCAACUUUCGCGUUAUCCGGACAAAGCUCAAAAAACGAUGAUGGCAACAGCCUUGGGCAUAAAAGAAGACCAAGUCAAUAAUUGGUUUACGAGGAGGCGAAGGAAAGAUAAUGACCCUACUACUACUACGACUCAUGCGAUUGAUGGUGGUCAAGUUAGCGUGGCACCUCGUGUUACACCGAGAAUAGUACCUAAACCAGCUACAACAUAUUCGAAUAAUGUUGAAGAGUAUGCAUAUUUAGUCCCUAUGCAAAAUAUGCACGAUUUUCAAAAUAUGCACAAUAUUGGAAUGCAUCAGUCAUCAUAUUCGUACCCUAUGGAUGAUCAACAGGUGUAUCUUAUCGAGGAAGAAGAUGAUAAUGAGAAUGAAGAAAAAGAAAUAUCAGUAGAUGAAGAAAUGCAGGAUCUCGCCAAUCAAAUUCAAGAACCUACACCGGAAGAUUUUUUACUUCCUUAUUUGAAUUCAUCAUCAAUGGGAUUGCGGUCAGCAAAACAAGUCAGAGAAUUUGUGAAAGUUAUGAAAGAUGAAAAAGUUAUUUCCCGUCGAGCUCUCAUUCUUGCCGCUAUCGGAAGGACUCAAGAUGUGAUCAUCUUAAAAAGCUUUAUCGAAUCAAAAGGGGGUCAUGUUUUGCGAGUUUGGUUGAUGGAAGCUUUAAAGGAAAAUAAUAGUCCUUUGUUGGUGAAAAUACUAGAAGUAUUAGAUCGUUUGCCUUUAGAUAAAGAGGGUUUGAUUGCUUCGCAGUUAGGCAAGGCUGUCAAUAAAGGGGCAAAGAAUUCGAGUGAGCAAUCUGAUGUCCGAAGAAUGGCGGUAAGACUUAUCGAUAAAUGGAAAAAGUUGCUAGAAACGUCGGAGGAAUCUGAAACAAAGCGAAUAAAAACAAAUGAUACUACAUUUUCUAAAAUAAGUGCAGGCACAACUAUUGCCACAUCCUCUAAAUUAAGCGCUGCUGUCGACGCCCAAAAGAAAUUUGCAGAAACAUCUAAAUUAGGGACAGCUGAGUCUUCGAGACGAACUACCAGUGUUGUUUCAUCGUCUACUGGAAAGCCUCAAACGAAACUAAAAUCUGCAGCCUCAACAGCUCUAAAACCUCCUGUUAGAGAAACAGGAAAAGUUACUGCAGCCUCAACUGCUAGUGUUUCAGUAGAAUCUGCAAGCUCAAGCCAAAAACUGGCAAAAUUAUUGUCUACCAAAGAAUUUGUUGAAUUAAAGCAAGAUAAAGAUAACAAUGCAAUUCCUCGAGAAUCUGAACCAACGACAUCGUCAACGACGUCUGUACGAGUAGAAUCAACAAAAACUGCUUUCGAGAUUGCUUUGGAAAGCCGUAAUCAAGGAACCAAUGUCCAAUCUAGAACUUCAAUUGUAGAGGAUACUCAAAUGCAGGUCGAGAGAAAUAAAAAAAGGAAGCGAGUCUCUUUUGCCCCCGAAAAUUUACUUCGCCAAAUCAAAAUCUUCGAAUCAGAAGACACAGAAGAUGAGGAUGAGCUCUCAAUGGGAAGCAACAUACCACAUCAAUUUGGCAAUGCAAGAGACCUCGAAGUUAAUGAAGGUCAAGCAGUAUUCAAAAGGUCAUUUAUAACUCAUACAAUGGAGUGGUAUACGCCUAUUGAAAUAAACCUGGAAGCCAUCAAUAUACCCACAGUAGUUAGUGCCCAGGCGAGAAUGGAAAAAGACAGACAAAAAUCAAUACUGGAAACAAUUUAUUUGAAAAGGGAACAUGUUCCAGAUAGUCCGGAAGAACCCAAUGACAUAAUAAUGAUUGAUUUUAGUCAAAAAUGCCUAGAAAUCCCACUAGAUGAACAAAUCCAGAUUUCUCCUAUACAGUCUGAUGCAUCAUUAAUGCAAAAUGGUGUUGUCACUAGUGCUACUGCAACAAAUGUGAAUUUAACAAAUACAACCUCCCAAAUAGCAAACCAAACCCCAGAAAUUAUAGAGAUACUUAAAAAAAACAUUCAUUUGCAAACAUUUUCAAAUAAUGAGUCUAAUUUGGCCAACAAUAUUCCUCCUCAUAAUCAUAUACAAGUUCCACCUCAUCCUCAACAAACAGUUCCAUUGUUCCCUGUAGGAAAUAAUGUUAAUAUAUUUGGGGGAAUGGAUAUUCAUUCUUCUUCCGUGAUGGCGGGAUCAUCUGGAGGAGCCGCAAUGGGAAUGGCUCCCCCGCAACAACAGCCAAUGCCAAUCCCUAAUAAUGAGUGGAAUUAUCAAGAACAGAAUCGAAUAGGAGGAAUGAUGGGACAGCCGCCGCAGUAUGGGGAAGGACGUGCAUUGCCACCUCAAUCGGAAAUUCGUCCCCAAUCAGAUAAUCGACAACAAUGGUCGUCUCGUGAUGAUCGAAAUACCCCAAGGGGACGUGGACGUGGCACUCCGUGUUGGUUUGGGCGAGAUUGCAAUAGACCGAAUUGUAAAUAUGUGCAUGAUUAA